UUCCGUACAAUAAAGAACAUUCUCGGAUUUUUUUUUCCCAACAAUUGAAAAGUUCAAUAAUCUACCUCCUACAUAUACUGAUAUACAUGAACCUACAGGGUUAUAUAUAUCAAUGUAUUCAUGAAGAAUUUGAAUUGUUAGACAUAAGCUCGACUGCUACACGAUACAAUACGACAUGUUUCCUCUAAGUAGGAGCCACCUGCAACGAAUUUUCGAUAAGCUCGACAAAAAUGGAGAUGGAAAGGUGAGUAUCGAUGAGCUAAUGUGGCUUCUUCAAAGAAUUGGUAAUGAUACCUGUAGAGAAGAUGAGCUGGAGUUAUUGCUUGGCAAAACUAGUCUUGAUUUCAUUGAUUUCUUGUUCUUUUACGACGCGAUUAUCAACAUUGACGAAAACAGAUGUGAAGACGAUCAAGUUAGCUUAAUCGAGAACGAUCUGUAUAAAGCAUUCGCGGUUUUUGACUCGAAUGGUGAUGGUUUGAUUUCGAGCGAGGAGCUUCAGAAUGCACUGUCCAGAUUUGGGUUAUGGGAUGAUCAUUGCAGCAGCCUCGACAGAAAAAGUAAAAGUAUCAUCAAUAUGUAUGAUACGAACUCAGAUGGAUUUCUUGAUUUCGAAGAGUUUAAGAACAUGAUGUUGUUUGCAAAAUCCUAGAAAGUCUAUGUUGAGUAUAUCUUUGUACUAAUGUUUGUUGCUUUAUGAAAGACUUUUCUCUUCGAUUAUAGCUA